AUGGCUAAAGAUUGGUUUAUUUUAGCUCAAUUGUCACUGUUUCUGCUCAGUGUUUCUUCAAACAACAAUGCAAACUCUGCCACCAUCUGCACACAGCUGUGUUAACUUACAUUCUGCUGAUUAGAGCCUCAGUAUGUGGAGGAAACCCCCUGGCCUCUAGUUACUACAAUCACUUCAUCCACUUUCUUUCUCAGCAGGAAAAUUUCAUGGGAAGCUCAAUCUACCAGCAGCAGUGACACUUCCCAACAGGAAAGCAGACCAAACAAACUCUCCUGAUUUCCCGAUAAGAGUUGAUACCAAGUUUAUCUGUGGUGAACAGUUCUUGAGAAGGGCUAGUGUGGUUUAAUGUUGUUAUUCACAUUCUUCCCAAGUUUUGUUGAUGUUACUUGUUGAUUUUACUGUCUCCAACAGUAGAUUAACAAGCUAUAGUUCUUUAAAAAUUGGAAAAGGAUUGGUUUUGCUGAAUUUAUUUCAUUUAUGUCACUGUAUUUUGAAUAUUUUUAAGAAUUUGUUCUGAUUUAUUCUAAUUUAUUCUGGUGGUUUAUAUAGUGUUAUUUUAGCAUAUUGUUAACAACGAUUUCCAGUCAUCAUUGUACUAAAUUGAUGUAACAGCUUAAUUACAAUUCAGAUUCAUGGCAAAAUAAUUAAAUAAUAUGAACAUCUGUUUUUUUCCCUUAAAUUAUGCUUUUCAAAAUGAGUUGGUGACCCAUGAUGAGCUGUUUUGAUGAGCUGCAGCCAGCACAAAUACUACCAAACUGUAUAAAAUAUGACAUUCCAGAUAAAAUUGUGAAAUAAUUAACAAUUUUAGGAUAUUUAAAUUAAUCUUGGAGAUUACUUAAAUCACAUGGGAUCAACCUUUAAGGGAGCUAAAGAGAUAUAGUUCAUCUGCUUUCUGUGUCUAAAUUUUCAGUUCCCCUUGUUUGCACAUUGGGGUGAUCAAAACUUCAUAGGCAUCCCUCAGCAUGAUGCAAAUCCAACACAACACCACAACAAGCUAUCAGCCUAAAUAUUAAAAUUAGAGAUGAGUCAACACCUCUUUGAAACAUUCUCUCUAAAAACUGAAGCUUCACAAAGAUAUUAUUCACUGCAGCAACAGAUCAUACUGUGGCCCACUAUUUGGGGUCACAGAGUUUAUAUUUGUCAUGGUCUACUGGUUUAAAAGCAGCCACCAACCUCUUGUCACCACUAGAUGGCAGGACAAGUCAGUAGAUUCUGGUGUUUCCACUGCAUUGUCUUCAUCACCUCUUCUUCUCUGGAGAGAGAGAGAGAGAGAGAGAGAGAGAGAGAGAGAGAGAGAGAGAGAGAGAGAGAGAGAGAGAGAGAGAGAGAGUUGAAAAUACAAGGAGAGUUUUGCAAAGACUUUUAGAGUUAGACAUCCAGGGUCUGGGGAUCUAUCUGUUGCAUGGCCUUAUCAUUAACAAAAAGCAGCAACAGUGGGAGGUUGUGGAGCUCUUGUCGUUUUUAUGCAUGCUGUGUUGGACCCAGUGAUGAGAGGGUCCCGACAACAACAGUGAGACCCACAACACUCAUGCUUUCUCGGUCCCCUGCACCUCAACCUUUGAGUUACCCUCACUGCUUUCCUUUGGAUUAUUACUUUUUUUCAUUGCUGAAGACGCCUGUGGAGGAUUGAAAGAAGAAUCUGCAAGGAGGAUUAACUUCUCUUACCAACUUUUUUUCCCCUUUUUUUUUAAACUGAAGGUGGUUUUAGACAUCAUCUCAUCUAUAUGAGAUUUUCUACAGCUGGAAUAAUGCCUUCGUACUGGAGUAGAAUCUCUUGGUUUCCACUGGUGUUUGGUGCUGCGCUGGUUGUUCUUACUGCUGGUAAUGCUGGACCAAACCAGGACAGAAGGCAGACUGGGUCGUCCUCAUGCUAUGGAGGCUUUGAUCUCUACUUUGUUUUGGACAAAUCUGGGAGUGUGCAGAACCACUGGACUGAAAUCUACCACUUUGUUGAACAUCUAGCUCAUAAAUUCAUAAGUCCACAGUUGCGGAUGUCCUUCAUUGUGUUCUCCACUGAGGGAAGGAUCUUAAUGGGUCUGACAGAAGACAGGGAACGCAUUCGCAAAGGUCUGGAGGAGCUCCAGGGGGUUCUUCCAGGGGGAGACACCUUCAUGCAUGAGGGCAUCCUGAGGGCCAGUGAGCAGAUAUACUAUGGAAACACUGAAGGUUAUCGCACUGCGAGUGUUAUCAUCGCUCUGACAGAUGGAGAGCUGCAUGAGGAUCUUUUCUACUACGCCGAGAGAGAGGCCAAUCGUUCCAGAAGUCUGGGUGCCUCAGUUUACUGUGUGGGGGUGAAGGACUUCAAUGAGACACAGCUGGCAAAGAUUGCUGAUAGCAAGGAUCAUGUCUUCCCUGUAAAUGAUGGAUUUGAGGCUUUGCAAGGGGUCAUCGAUUCAAUCCUGAAGAAGUCAUGUAUCGAGAUCUUGGCAGCAGAGCCCUCUAGUAUCUGUGCGGGAGAGUCCUUCCAGGUUGUGGUGAGAGGAAAUGGAUUCCUCCAUGCCCGAAAUGUUGAUAAAGUCCUGUGCAGUUUCCGAAUCAAUGACACCCUCACUAAAAUGGUGAAGCCUCUGAUUGUGGAAGAUACAUAUCUUCUCUGCCCUGCACCAGUGCUUCAAGAUGAGGGGAUGGCAGCAAACCUUUAUGUUAGUAUGAAUGAAGGCCUUAGUUUCAUCUCCAGUUCCGUCACCAUUACCACUGUGGGCUGUUCUGAUGGGACCAUCCUGGCCAUAGCUCUGCUCAUCUUGAUGCUGCUCCUGAUCUUGGCUCUUCUCUGGUGGUUCUGGCCUCUCUGCUGCACUGUGAUCAUCCAUGAACCCCCGCCGCCAGUUGUGGAGGAGAGUUCGGAUGAUGAGGACUUUGAAGCCCCUAAGAAGAAAUGGCCGACUGUAGAUGCCUCCUACUACGGAGGAAGAGGAGUUGGGGGAAUCAAAAGGAUGGAGGUACGGUGGGGUGAGAAAGGCUCCACAGAAGAAGGAGCAAAGCUGGAAAAGGCCAAAAAUGCCAAAGUCAAGAUGCCUGAGCAGGAGUAUGUGCUGCCCCCCACGCGGGUUCUCAACAACGGCAUGCACAAACCCCCGGGGCCACGCAAGUGGUACUCACCAAUCAAGAGCAAACUGGAUGCACUGUGGGUACUUUUGAGGAAAGGCUAUGACCGUGUGUCUGUAAUGAGACCUCAUCCAGGCGACAAGGGCAGAUGCAUGAACUUCACCCGCUCAAAGUCUCCCCCUCCUUGCUACUCACACUACAACCACCACCCAUCUCCCAUCUACAACCCUCCUAACAAGAGUCCACCUGCGCCACAGAGCACCCUCCCACCGACCCCUAACAGCCCUCCAUCAUCUCCAUCUUUCUCACCCUCCACCCUUCCACCUCUGCCUCCAACACCUCCCCCCAGCUCCACCACUCCAUCUCCUCCCGUGACUCCUCCCCCUUACACGCCACCCCCCAACCGGGCUCUUCCUCCGACCACCCUGCACAUACCUGCUCCGCCAGCUGCCCCGCCUAGCCCUCCACCCUCAGCCUCCCCAAAUGGUUUCUUGCCUCCUCCUCCACAGGGACCUCCUCCUGGGCGAGCCCCUCCACCUGCACGCCCACCACCUCGCCCUGGCCUGUAGAGCUCUGGUUAGAGAUGGGAGAGAGUCCCCACAAGUUUAGAAAAAGGCAACACGGAGUCCCACCAGCGAUCAGGGAGCGCCUCGUGCCAUGCUCAGCGGGCUGCGGCCUGUCUGCCUUGUGAAGAGGAGCAGAGAGGAUUUGUUUUCAGCUAUUUGUCUACAGUGACUUUUGUACACAUCUAGCCCAACGGUGCAAUUGCUCUGAUGCUUGAAUUACACAGACAUUCCCUAUAAAUGAGGUCAUGCAGGCCGGCUCAAAAACAUUUGCCUCCAUGGUCCUCUGAGCUGCUUCAGGCCCUGUUGUCCCCCUCCAUGAGAACACAAGAUUGGAUGAAUCUUAGCCAGCUUGUACUACCGCCUCUGUACACUCAACAAAGAGCGCAGUUGUGUUCAUCAUGACACCAAAAUACGUGCCUAUUUAACUUUCCUAUCUGUCCUGAUAAGAGAUGAUGAUUUAGAGGAAUAUGAAAAUCCAUGUUUUUGUAUUUUUGAAUUUUGAGCAAUUGCAUGCAAUCACGUUUGAGUCAGUAUUUUUGUUCUUUUGAUAACAUUUCUACCUUGUUUUAUACGGUUGUUUUUUUUUUGUACUUUUGAUGAAUAG